AUGUCUUUGAAGUUACAGAAGCGAUCGUCGUGGCUUAGAGGACUGCCGUGUAUCUUGCUACUGUUUCAAUAUUCUGGUGGGCAGUCACUUCCUAUUUUGGAAAUAGACCCGAAGAGCGUACAAGAUCUCCUCGAAAGCGUUGAUCUAACGUUUACGUGUACUUUUGGAUUUUCGGCCAACAGGCUUGGUAGUGCAAUUUCAGUCACACACGGAGCUGAGAUGGCAGUAGAAACACACCUAGUUGGUAAAGUACCAAAUGUAGUAAACGGGCUGAACAACGCUCGUACAACGUACAACAACGCGUUGAAUCAAGUUGCAGUCUCUGUUACGACUACCAGAACUCUCAAUAACUUGACCUUCUCAUGCAUUAAUUUUUAUUUUAACAGAACGUCGGGUGGUAGUGAGGUGAUUAAGUCUUCUCAACGAAUUGCUGUGAAAUAUGGUCCUUUAAGAAAUGUAUCUGGCAGCACUAGAUGCACUAGCAGCACUUCUGUGGGUUCAAGUGCCACUGUCAUCCUGAAUGCAAGUCAGAUAGUUGAAGAUCCUGGCAAUCCCACAAUGAGUGUAAUGUGGAGGUGGGAAGAUAAUGAUGAGUUAAUAUCAGAACAAGUCAGCGGCCAAUACAGAAAUUUCUUGAAAGUCACUGUAACAAGAGAAGAUAAGGUUCGAAAAAUAAUUGCGGUAUAUGAUAACACAAUAGGUCAUACAAUGCAGACGUUUAGUCUGCAGUGUGCCAAAUUUGUUCCAGGACCUGUUGUUGGACUGACGUGUAAUGCAAUUGCUGGUGGUUACAAUUGUUCAUGGAAUCACCCUACUGAUGAUGGUGGUGAAGCAGUUAGUACAUACUGCUAUGGUCACAUUACAGGCCGAAAUGUUGAUUGUCCCAGAAAGAGUUCCAAAUGCCAACAAAAUCCUACAACAGCCAAACAAAAUGCACUCAAACAGGGAACUUCAUAUCUUUUUUAUGUUUAUGCAGUCAAUAGUGUGGGAAGAGGAAACUGUAUAGCAGAGACAGUGACGACAGCACUAGGUCCACCUCUAAAUGUCAGUGUGCAACCAUCACGUACGUCUCUAGUUGUAAAAUGGAGUCCUCCGUUUAUGUUUGAUGAUGGUGAUGAUUUGAAAGUACGUGAGUAUUACAUUGAGUAUCAGGAGCAAGGGCAAUCUAUGGCUCCUUUCCAAGUGUCAGUUAUGGGCAAUCAAAUAGAAACAGACAUUUCUGACCUAAAAUCUAAUACAACCUACAAAAUUUGUGUGUUUGCAAGAAGUGACAUUGGAAAUGGAACUAAAUCAGCUCAACUUCCUGUAACUAUGUUACGUGAAGGUGAAGUGAGUCAAGUGCAAAAUGUAAAAGCUACGGUAAUCUCAUCUACUGAUAUUCAUGUCACUUGGGACAAACCAGAUGCAGGGGGUGCAGCCUUUGCAAUUGAACAUUAUAUUGUUAAAGUUUAUCGUCAAGACAGCAUGUCUGUGGAGAAAUCAGUUGAAGUUGAUGGAUCUAAGACAACUGCAGCUACCAUAACUGGUCUUUCAGGAAGUGCAACAUACAGACUAGAAGUUAGUGCUAGCAAUGGUCAGAGCACAGGUGCACCAUCAGAGGGAACUCUAGCUACAACUGAGAAGAAGUCAAGCUCAGGUUCCAGUUUAGCUGAAAUUGGCGGAGCCGUUGCUGGAUCGAUAGUCGCCAUUCUUCUAUUUGUUGCUAUUAUUCUGUAUCGCAGAUACCGCAUAAAGACAAAUACAAACAAUGAUAAUCGUUCUCAGCCGACAGAAAACUUAACAACGUCCGACGCCUACGAUAUGACGAAUCCAAGGUCUACAGCAAACCAGCAAGAAACGUACGCGUAUGCAACAGUGAGGAUUGCCAGCAGUUUGAGAAGUUCGUCGCCCAUGACUUCAAAUCCUGCUUACUCAACAACAUAUUCGUCUUACGUUUAGUGACAAAAAAUGGAAAGUGUGUUACUUGCGUUUGGUAGAUUGUAUGACAGUCGAUAGAUUUUUA